AUGAGUCACUUUUCUCUUAAUUUCCUCUCACUCUUAUGUCCUCUCUUUGUCUCUCUCUUGCAUACUCUGUUCAUAUCUCUCUUUCUCAUUCUCUUUUUUUUCUCUCUCUCUCUCUCUCUCUCUCUCUCAUUCUCCGUUUUUCUCUCUGUCUCAUUCUCUGUUUGUGUCUUUCUCACUCUCUCGUUCUCUGUUUGUGUCUCUCUCUCGUUCUCUGUUUGUGUCUCUCUCUCGUUCUCUGUUUGUGUCUCUCUCUCGUUCUCUGUUUGUGUCUCUCUCUCGUUCUCCGUUUGUGUCUCUCUCUCACUCUCUCGUUCUCUGUUUGUGUCUCUCUCUCGUUUCUCUUUCUCUGUUUUGUCUCUCUCUCUCUCUCGUUCUCUGUUUGUGUCUCUCUCUCUCUCUCGUUCUCUGUUUGUGUCUCUCUCACUCUCUCGUUCUCCGUUUGUGUCUCUCUCUCACUCUCUCGUUCUCCGUUUGUGUCUCUCUCUCACUCUCUCGUUCUCCGUUUGUGUCUCUCUCUCACUCUCUCGUUCUCCGUUUCCGUUGUCUCUCUCUCUCUCUUUCUCCGUUCUCUGUCUCGUUCUCCGUUUGUGUCUCUCUCGUUCUCCCUUUGUGUCUCUGUCUCGUUCUCUUUGUGUCUCUUUUCUCUUUUCUCCGUUUGUGUCUCUCUCUCACUCUCUCGUUCUCCGUUUGUGUCUCUGUCUCGUUCUCCGUUUGUGUCUCUGUCUCGUUCUCCGUUUGUGUCUCUUUCUUCUCUCGUUUGUGUUUGUGUCUCUCUCUCUCUCUCAUUCUCUGUUCUCUGUUUUUGUGUCUCUCUCUCUCUCUCCUCUCUUUCGUUUGUGUCUCCGUUUGUGUCUCUCUCUCUCUCUCUCGUUCUCCGUUGUGUCUCUCUCUCUCGUUCUCCGUUUGUGUCUCUCUCUCUCACUCUCUUUGUUCUCCGUUCUCUCUCUCUCUCUCUCUUGUUCUGUCUCUCUCUCCUCUCUCUCGUUCUCCGUUUGUCUCUCUCUCACUUCUCCGUUCUCUCUCUCUCUCGUUUGUGUCUCUCUCUCUCUCUCUCUCUCUCCGUUUGUUCUCUCUCUCAAUCUCUCAUUCUCCGUUUGUCUCUCUCUCUCUCUCUCUCUCUCUCUCGUUCUCUGUUUGUCUCUCUCUCACUCUCUAGUUCUCUGUUUGUGUCUCUCUCUCUCUCGUUCUACGUUUCUCACUGUCUCUCUCUCUCUCUCGUUCUCCGUUCUCUCUCUCGUUCUCUGUUCUCCGUUUGUCUCUCUCUCUCUCUCUUCUUGUUUUCCGUUUCUCUCUCUCUCUCUGUUCUCCGUUUGUCUCUCUCUCAAUCUCUUCUCUCAAUUUAAUGAGACAGAUACCUUAUUGCUUGUAUCUGGGGUUCAUUUCGGCGUACUGAGUACCUCAGGAGAAAUUGCAGUCUUCAGUCUUAUUGGAGAAUUCCAGUUACAAUGCCGAGUACUGAACAAGCCAUACGAUGUUUUUGGUACUUGGUACAAUUCUAAUUACCUACUCUCAGGUAGUUUACUUUGGUUUGGUCCACUUCAGUCCUGUUCUGCUCUUUGGUUAAAUAAGGCAUUUCAGGCUACGGACUCCGAGCACGAAUCUGUUGUUAUGCGCCUUUACCGUUUCAACAAUGUCAAUGCAAGUUCAAUACGGGCUAUAAUGAUUGCAAACUGCGUGACUGACGAGGAGGAAGGUUCAAAAAAUGAAGGAAAAUCUGUGACCGUAAGCACAGUGCCCAGCAACACGGACAGUAAAACACAGGGUAUUUUGAACAGGAAGGAAGGCAGCAACUGUGCUGCCCGGAACCCUAGGCAAAAGAGCCCAGUGCUGGUCACUUCUUGUACCAGGGCACACAAUUGCCCGAAUUGUUUAAAGCGAAGGGCGGACAAGAAAGCUCAGAAGGCUGUGGCCUCCAGCAAUGGCGAUCAAAAGCAAAGGAGUUGCAAAACACUACAGUGCCUCACUGUUAUGGAGGACGGGCGUUUGCAGAGCAGGAUGCUCGAGGUGGAGGGUGAAGAGACAGACGAGCAGUUGAAUGGAACUAUUGAAUACAAUGAGGAUUAUCGGAAAGCCGAAGUAACAUGGCACGAAGGCUCGGACUGCAAUGACCAAGUGAAAUCAUGUGAGGGCCUAUCAGCAGGCAAGGAAAACUUACUAAACUUAAAGUGUCCUUGCGUUGCUAAGAACAGCCACUACAGUGAACCUGAAGGGGCCUGUGUACAAAAUUCUUGCAAGAACAAUGCAGAAGUUGAGCCAUACUCGUGCAGUUGCUGUUGCAAUCUCGGCCCGAAUUCCGGCCAGCCCGAAGUGCCCGAGGAAUGCACCAAUUAUAAGCCAGACCUGGACCACACACAGCAAGGUCGUUUGGAAUCAUCGCUUGCCAUGGCGUCUGUUCUGCAAGAGGACAAGGCUAAAAUGAACAGCUCAAAAUCCUCACCCAAGUUCCAGGACAAGUAUCUCAUUUUCACAACCGGCUCAAAGACGUACACGCCACACCAGAUUGGUAUCAAGAAGGUGCAGUCGUUGGAGGCAAUGAGGUACAAGAAUGUUGAGGAGACUGGGGAGGGGGUUAGACUCAUGCCAAACGUUGAGGACAGUCAACCAGGCUCCCCACUAAAAUUUGAUGAAGUUGAUCAUCUUAUAGAAUUGGAUGGGCAUAUAAUAGGAAUGUGCUUAUCACCGGAUCAUAGAUAUUUGUAUGUGAACAGUCGGCCAUGGCCUGAAAACUACUACAUUGAGAACCCUCUCUAUCCUCCGCCAAUUGCUCAGGAAAUUGAUAUUCACGUCAUUGACUUGCUACACAUGAAAGAGGUUGGAACAAUGCACCGUUCCCACAAAGCUUAUACCCCAAACGAUGAAUGCUUCUUCAUUUUUUUGGAUUCUUCUUUUUCUUUUUUCUUCUUUUCCUUUUUCUUUUCUUUUUCUUUUUGCUUCUUUUUUCUUUUUUUUCUUCUUUUUCUUUUUUCUUCUUUUUCUUCUUUCUUUUUCUCCUUUUACUUUUUCUUUUUUCUCCUUUUUCUUUUUCUUUUUUCUCCUUUUUCUUUUCCUUUUUUCUUUUUCUUUUUCUUCUUUUUUUUCUUUUUUCUAUUCAUUCUUUUUUCUUUUCUUUUUUUCUUCAUUCUUUUUCUUCUUUCUUCUUCUUUCUCUUUUUCUCCUUUUUCUUUUUUCUUUUUCUUCUUUUUCUAUUCUUUCUUUUUUUUCUUUUACUUUUUUCUUUUUUUCGUCAUUCUUUUUCUCUUUUUCUUUUUUCAUCUUUCUUCUUUUUUUCUUUUUCUUUCUUUCUUCUUUUUUACAUGA